GGAGUAAAUUCGUUUUUCUCCAUAUUGUAAAGAAAAUCUGAAACCAUUUGCAAUGACAACAAUAGGAAUACUACCCCAGUACUAGUGAACAGUAAAGUAAUUAGUGCUACUAACAAAGCUACAAAGAUGGGCUCUGCUCUUUUAAUUGGGGUUACAUGAGGAGGGAAGGAGAGGAACAGAGGGUCCCUAGGGUGCUGCAGCUGCACACAAAAGUGGACAUUGGGUGGGUCAAAACUGGGAUUAAAUUUGUGAGGGUGGUGGCCUUGAUGGAAGUGAACAAGUGCAAGGGAAAAAAACAAGAAACUAUCUUAGGGCUAGGGCUGGGAGACCACCACGCCACAGUAGUAGUACUCCAGUACCACUCUCUGAGCUCACUUGCUUACUUGUUUAUGCACUUCUCUUCUUUACAGGAACUUGUUUGUUUUGCAGCCACCACCACCACCACCCUCCAACUGUCCAACCCCACACAGGUCAGCACAAGGCAUGGGGGAGCUUAGCUAGCUUUGCCUUUUGCCUUCUCCAUGGCUCCAUCCUGUGAGCACAUAUACUACUAAUCCACCCCUAAUCCGUUGCAGAAAGCCUUUGCUCUCUUCUUGCUUUCCUCAAAUCGUUGUGUCAAGCCAGCAGCUGGAGCAGAGCAGCCAUGGCUUCCUAGGCCUACCUAGACGAAGAUGCGGAGUUAGGCACGGACUCUUUUGACCAGCCUGGAUGUUAAAUCAGUGAACUUCCUUGGAUGCUUAAAGAAAGUGGAGUGAGCUUUUCUCUAGAUUUGCAGUUGUACAAGCAAUAUUGACCAUCAUGUCUGUUGAGGCGGUGAAGCAGAUUGUGCCUGCACACCUGGUUAAACCUGCUGUUGAUCCUGUUCAUGCAAAGGCGAGCAAGGCCGGAAAAGAUGGCAGGUCAGACCUUAUUGCUAAGGAGAUUUUAGAGGAGCAAAAGCCGGCUCAUCGGCGGCAAGAGUCUUCUGAAUCUAUAUUGGACAAGGGUCCUUCUAACGUUGGUUCAGACUCUGGUGUCUUGGAUGUGCCACUAACCCCAAAAGGAGACUCUGGGGAGCUGAAAGAAAUCCAAGGCUUGGAUUGCAACGGGAAUCAGGAGAAGAAGACGGCGCAAAAGAGCAGCACUAGCGAGAGCUUUGCUUCUGCUAAAGUUAGCGACGGGACGAAUGGUCUGAGGAAGACAUGUGGAAGUGGCAAGGUCAGUGAUACAGCUGAUUCUACUGAGAGUGGGAAGAGCAGCAUGUGCCGUCCGAGCACGAGCAGCAACGUCAGUGAUGAGAGCUCGUGCAGCAGCCUGAGCAGCAGCACAACGAAGCCGCACAAAGGGAGUGAUUCAAGGUGGGAAGCAAUCCGGAUGAUCAGGUCCAAGGAUGGUAUUCUAGGUUUGAGCCAUUUUAGAUUGCUCAAGAAAUUGGGCUGUGGUGAUAUUGGUAGCGUCUACCUCUCUGAAUUGAGUGGUACAAGGAGUUACUUUGCAAUGAAGGUCAUGGACAAGGGGUCUCUAGCAAGUCGGAAGAAGCUGCUUCGAGCGCAAACAGAGCGGGAGAUCCUGCAAUCUCUGGAUCAUCCAUUUCUGCCAACACUGUAUACCCACUUCGAGACAGAUAAGUUCUCAUGCUUGGUUAUGGAGUUCUGCCCAGGAGGGGACCUGCACACUCUUCGACAAAGGCAGCCUGGAAAGCAUUUCUCAGAGCAAGCAGCAAAGUUCUAUGUGGCAGAGGUUCUUCUUGCAUUAGAAUACCUGCAUAUGCUUGGGAUUAUAUACCGUGAUCUGAAACCAGAAAAUGUCCUUGUCCGGGAGGAUGGGCACAUAAUGCUGUCUGAUUUUGAUCUCUCCCUUCGUUGUGCUGUAAGCCCUACUGUUGUCAAGUCCGCGAAUCCUGGACCAGAUGCGUUGCAGAGGAACAAUCAAGCUUAUUGUGUCCAGCCUGCCUGUAUUCAGCCAUCCUGCAUCCAGCCAUCAUGUGUAGCUCCAACAACCUGCUUUGGUCCCCGUUUUUUCUCCUCCAAGUCUAAGUCCAAGUCCAAGAAGGAGAAGAAAUCAAAGCCUGAGGUUGUCAACCAAAUUAGCCCACUGCCGGAGCUCAUCGCUGAGCCGACUGAUGCUCGGUCCAUGUCCUUUGUUGGCACUCAUGAGUACUUGGCACCAGAAAUCAUCAAGGGAGAGGGUCACGGCAGUGCUGUGGAUUGGUGGACCUUUGGCAUAUUCCUGUAUGAACUCUUGUUCGGUAAGACCCCUUUCAAGGGAUCAGGAAACCGGGCUACACUCUUCAAUGUUGUUGGCCAGCCCCUGCGGUUCCCGGAAUCCCCAAUGGUGAGCUUCUCAGCCAGGGACCUGAUAAGAGGAUUGCUGGUCAAGGACCCGCAGCACCGUCUUGCCUACAAGCGUGGGGCGACGGAGAUAAAGCAGCAUCCAUUCUUUGAGGGCGUGAAUUGGGCGCUCAUACGAUGUGCAAGCCCUCCUGAGAUACCCAAGCCAGUUGAGCUCGAGCGCCCACCAAAGCCAGCACCAGCUACUGAGAAGGUUGCCCCGGCUGCCAACCAGAAGGGCUCAGACAAUUAUCUAGAGUUCGAGUUCUUCUAGGUUUGCUUUCCUUUGUGUUUCUGAACAGGGUUGGUGCAUGCAAGCUGAUGUAUGAAAGGAUGGCUUAGAAAUAUUUUGUUUAGGUUAUUAGAUGUAUUCCGAGCAACCUUUAUUUUUCAUUGAAGUGCUUAUGAUCUAAUCCGUCCUUCGCAUGUUGUAAUUUUUAAUUAAAUCUAGUGAUGAUGCUUGAAAGGAUGUGGUACCCUGUUUCACCUGGCACUAUUAAUUCCAGUUUUGCUUCAGAAUAAUUGCAUGUUUGCAACUGAAGCUUCUUUGC